CCCGCGCAGGCUCGCUGUUUCCUGUCCCUGUCAGCUGGAAGAUGGCGACGUCCGUGUGCAGAGCCGGCAGCGCUGCGAGCAAAGCUUUGUUCAAGGCUCGCUCGCCUGCAUUGUUAAGCCUGAAGAGAAGUCGGUCUGCUGUAUCCUAUGCACAGACAUUGCAGAACAUUCCUGAGACCCAGCUUACUACUCUGGACAAUGGAUUACGUGUUGCAUCUGAGGAAUCUAGCCAGCCUACCUGCACUGUGGGGGUGUGGAUUGGAGCAGGCAGUCGCUAUGAAAACGAAAAAAACAACGGCUCAGCAUUUUUCUUGGAACAUCUGCUGUUUAAAGGAACAAAGAAACGCCCUCAGGAUGCUUUGGAACAAGAGGUAGAGAGUUUGGGAGCUCAUUUAAAUGCAUAUACAUCACGCGAGCAGACAGCUAUCUACAUCAAAGCUCUUUCGAAGGACUUACCGAAGGCUGUGGAGAUUUUGGCUGAUGUGGUACAAAACAGCAGCCUGGAGGAUUCGCAAAUUGAGAAGGCACGUCAGGUGAUGUUACGUGAGCUGCAGGAAAUCGACUCCAACCAGCAAGAAGUUGCCUUUGAUUUUCUGCAUGCGACUGCCUACCAGGGAACAGCUCUUAGCCAAACUGUUGUGGGACCUUCUGAGAAUGCAAAGAAGCUCACCCGAGCAGAUCUUGUUGAUUACGUUAACAGCCAUUUCAAAGCACCUCGUAUGGUACUUGCAGCUGCUGGAGGAAUUAAUCACAAGGAGCUGUGUGACCUGGCUCAGCGUCACUUCAGUGGUCUUUCAUAUACCUAUGAGAAUGAUGCUGUCCCAUUGCUGACUCCCUGUAGGUUUACUGGAAGUGAGAUUCGUGCACGUGAUGAUGCCCUCCCACUGGCCCAUAUCGCUGUUGCAGUAGAAGGGCCUGGCUGGAAUAGCUCUGACAAUGUAGCCCUGCUUGUAGCCAACUCUAUCAUUGGCAACUAUGAUGUAACAUACGGAGGAGGAAAGAAUCUCUCCAGUAGACUUGGAAGAACUGCAGCAGAGUACAAUGCCUGCCAGAGCUACCAAACGUUCAACAUUCGUUAUUCUGACACAGGACUCUUUGGAAUCCACUUUGCUACAGAUAAACAUAAUGUCGAAGAUAUGCUGCAUAUAGCCCAGGGAGAAUGGAUGCGUCUCUGUACCAGCGUGACAGAAAGUGAGGUGGCACGAGCUAAAAAUGUCCUGAAAACCGCUCUGGUGAACCAGCUAGAUGGAACAACUCUUGUAUGUGAAGACAUUGGACGUCAGAUCCUGAAUUAUGGACAGCGUAUUCCCUUGGAAGAAUGGAAUUCUAGAAUUGAUGCUGUCAAUGCCAAAAAAGUGCAGGAUGUUUGCUCAAAAUAUCUGUAUGACAAAUGCCCUGCUGUUGCUGGAGUUGGUCCCAUUGAACAGCUUCCAGACUACAAUCGUAUCCGCAGUGCUAUGUAUUGGCUGCGAUUCUAAUUUUCAUAUUUCAGUCACACCAGUUAUCCAAACGUCACAGUUGGAGGAACUUCAGAUGUGUCAUUAUUUUUGCGUACCAUUGGCUGUUUCUACAAGCCUUCCUCUGGCUUUUACCGAUCUUGGGUCACAGAGCUGAACAUUUUACCUAAUAUAUGGCCCAGCAGGGAAUGGUGUCUUC